GUCUUGACUGGCAUGUCCUGUAACUGGCAUAAGGCCAAUUAAAAUUAAUUGAUAGAUUUUCAUCCCCGCCUGCCCCUCUGAAAUCGUCCUGCCCUGAUUUUUUUUAUUUUAUAGAAUUUACGAUUUACAUAUUUUGUUCAUUUCCGUUACCGAUAACCGUUAAAAUUUCGUUUCAUUUAUGACUUCCUGUUUCAAAUUUCUGUUUUGUACCUCGAGUAAAUCUAACCAAAAUGAUUGUCGACAUAUUCUGCUGCUCUAUGACGACAACAUCAUUUUCCAAGAGUAAAGAUUGAUAACGAGACUUGCGUGAAAUAUUUGUUUGACCAGAAAAACGCUGAGUCCUAGACCACAAAUUACGUGUGAGGAAAUACGUGGACAACCAGAUGAACAGGCGUCUCCGACGAGUUGGUAUGCCAUACGGCUAUGUGGCUCCACGACUAGAGGCACCACGAUGCUCUCGUCGUCUUUUAGGGUUGGAGCCAGAACCAGUUCUUGUCCCAGUUGCGUCUCCUGAGCUGCCAAGAAAUGAUCAACCUGAACAUUUCGAAGCAGUUAUUGUACCUCGGGCACGAUUAUUCUCCGUCAUGGUUCCUGAAGCAGCUAUUCAAAUUGCUGAUGACGAGGAUGAUAUGGUCGAGGUUGAGAUAGCUGGCGAGGAGCUCUCGGUUCUGGAGUCAACUCUGGAGGAGGAAGAGGUCAUCGAGCUGUCUGUGCUGUGUGGUAUAGACACAACGGUGGAGGACCCAGCCGACUGGUUCCUGGAGGAGACUGUGUCUUUCCUGCCAACAGAGGAGGAGACUGUUGUGUUCGAGGAGGUAGUGGACGAGGAUGCAACAACCAACCAUGCUGAAGAGACUGUCUGGUAUGGUCCUGAAGAGGUUGAGGUUCCAGCCACUCCAGCCACACCGUAUGUUGUUAUAGGUAAUGAUGUAGGUGUUCCUUUGGACUGGGAGGUGAUCCCUGCUCCAGUGGUUGAUGUUGCUCCUGUCCCUGAGGCAGCUGGGAGGUUUGCUGGGUGGAGACAGGUGGCUAGAGUGCUAGGCUGCCUUGUUACUUCAUACCAAACUGUCUCAGCUGUCUAA